AACUCACGGAACGGGGUGAGUAACUAUUUUAUUCACGGGAAUCUGCUACGCAAAAGACAGAGCUAUCAAAGAGAUGGCUGACCGUUACUUCCCAAACACCAUGCCUGUCUUCGUCGAUGAAACUACAGUCCAACAAUCAUUUCCCGAAGGAGCAAAAGAUCAGCUGUCGAAGCUUCUUCAUUUGCCCUAUAGAACCGUUUGUCAGAAGCUCAAAAGUGCUGCUCUGGACCUCAAAGAAACGAUUGUGAAGGAAACGUGGGUAUGUAAAGGGGGACGUGUGAGUGACUAUACACUUUAUACCGGAGCUUUGGGAACUGCUUUUUUGCUAUUUAAAGCUUACCAAGUUACUCGGGACAACAAUGAUCUUGCUCUCUGUUCUCAUAUUAUCAAGGCUUGCGACUCUGCUUCCCAUGGUUCUGGCUGCAGGCGUGUGACCUUCAUAUGUGGACAGGCUGGUGUUUAUGCUCUUGGUGCAGUUGUUGCCAAACACAGUGGAGAUGAACAGUUGUGCGACCACUAUCUAACAAAAUUCAAAGAGAUUGAGCUUCCUAAAGAUCUUCCGAAUGAGUUGUUGUACGGGAGAGCUGGUUUCUUGUGGGCAUGUUCAUUCUUAAACAAGAAUAUUGGUAGAGAUACAAUAUCUCCGACCCAAAUUCAAGCAGUUGUUGCUGAGGUAAUAAAGUCCGGACGAAAAAUGGGGAAAGGAAGAUGCCCUCUAAUGUAUGAAUGGCAUGAAAAAAAAUACUGGGGCGCUGCUCAUGGGCUGGCUGGGAUAAUGCAUGUACUUAUGGACAUGGAACUGAAAGCAGACGAGGCCGAGGAUGUGAAGGCCACACUGCAUUACAUGAUCCGAAAUCGUUUUCCCAGUGGAAAUUACCCCUCAAGUGAAGGAAGUGAAUCUGACCGACUUGUGCAUUGGUGCCAUGGUGCUGCAGGUGUUGCCCUUACUCUAAUCAAAGCAGCUAAGGUUUUCAGCAGUGACGAGUUUCUUCAGGCAGCUGCAGAAGCGGCUGAGGUGGUUUGGAAUCGGGGCCUACUAAAACGGGUUGGAAUUUGUCAUGGUGUCAGUGGGAAUUCCUAUGUAUUUCUUUCACUAUAUCGUUUGACAGGUAAAGUGGAGUACUUGUACAAGGCGAAGGCAUUUGCAUGCUUUCUGCAUGCUAGAGCUCAAACACUUAUAUCAGAGGGAGUUAUGCAUGGAGGUGAUCGCCCGUACUCACUGUUUGAAGGAAUUGGAGGAAUGGCUCAUCUCUUUCUCGACAUGAUAGAACCAAUGGAAACGAGGUUCCCUGCAUAUGAACUCUAGUUUUGUACAUACGGAAUAUGCUGUAGAAUCAGCCAUGUAACUAUGUUACCUAAUGUGGAUGUAUUACCUUUGUGUUUGUACUGGAAGUGAUGGUUUCUGUUUGGAAGGACGGGCACAUGAAUAAAGUUGGCUUUCCUGCACCUCAAA